AGAAGAUUGAUUCUUAUUUCACUCAGAAUGGUUUCAAAAGAUGUCCAUUUAAGAAUAUGCUUUAUAUCAAGUUCGUUGAACCUGGAGAUAUCUUGAUCGUGUGCCUUUAUGUUGACGAUUUAAUCUCUACUAGCAACAAUUUAAAGAUAAUUGCAGAAUUUAAGAAGGCUAUGAUAAAGCACUUCGAAAUGACGGAUAUGGACUUGAUGUCUUAUUUCCUUGGCAUCGAAGUUCUUCAAAAGGAUGAUGAAAUUUUCAUUUCUCAGAAGAAAUAUGCAAAUGAUAUUUUGAAGAAAUUUCAGAUGGAACAUUCAAAGCCAGUUCCUACUCCAGUCGAAGAGAAGUUCAAGUUGUUGAGAGAAGAUAAAGGAAGAGAAAUAAAUUCUACAUAUUACAAAAGCUUGAUUGGAAGUCUGAAGUACUUAACUGCAACUAGACCAAAUAUUGUAUUUGGAGUUGGAUUACUUAGCAGAUUUAUGGAAGAGCCUUACACCAACCAUUUGCAAGCGGCAAAACGGAUUCUUCGAUAUAUCAAAGGUACUUUAAAUGAUGGUAGUUAUUAUGAAAAUACUAAUGAAGUGAAUCUUGUUGGUUACACUGAUAGUGAUUGGGCUGGAGAUAUAGAAACAAGGAAAAGUAUUUCGAAAUUUGCAUUUCAUCUUGGUUCUAGUGCAAUUUCAUGGGCAUAAAAAAAAUAACCAGUAGUAGCACUCUCUACAGCAGAAGCAGAAUAUAUAGCAGCAGCAAGUUGUGCAAGACAAGCAGUUUGGCUUAGAAGAAUUCUUGAGGAUUUGAAUGAGAAACAAAGUACUCCAACAACAAU